AUGGGUAAUAUGGCACGUCUCAACGCCAAGAAUUUGGGUACAGAACUCAGUGGCAAGAUACCAGAUGACAUUGCCACUAAAGUAAUCGAAGUAAAGCUUCUGGGUGCAAUUCCUACGCUUUUUACACCUAUAACAGCAUUCGAGAUGCCCAAAGACUUGAUCAGACAAGUCGCCGGUGAAUCUGAGGAGAGCCAAAGCCAACGGGAACAAUUGAAUAAAAAAUUGUGGAUCCUCAAGAAAGGUUCGGAUACUUGCAAACGUUUCGUUGGCAUCAGAGGCCUUGAUUCCAUCAAUGAAAUACAGGCUAGCUUACAAAACAAUCCGACCACAUUAUCUUCUAGCUCUUGUAGCUUGGUUGAUGCGAUUGACUCUGAAUCAAUCGACAGACAGUCCAGAUCAAUCAGGCCGGAUCUACUAGAGCAACCUGACAAAGAUGAGUAUGCUCAAAAGCAUAAUACAGAGCCGGAGCAGCUGUUGGAAGCUCCUAUUCCAACGAAGGUAGCAAAAAAGAAAAAAAGGGAAGGUUUGCCAACAAACUUCUAUCUCCCGUCGAACCCCCUGUUGAGCCUCCUACGGAACAAGAAAUAUUCGAUUGAGGAUGGCAAUCUGACCAUUGGAUGGAUUUCCUACAGUAUCCAGAAAAUCCACUCCGUUGCUGGAAAUCUUUAUUUUUUGAACGGUGGUGCGUUU